AUGGCCUGCAACAGCACAGAUCUGACGUCUCUCCGUAUAGGCGACGACACCGUGUUUGAUGCGUCCGGGGACAUCAAUCGCAACAUGAAGGCCCAUAUAUCAGUGGCCUGGGAAAAAUGGCGCGAGGUGACGGGUGUCAUUUGUGACCUCAAAAUGACGGUAAAGCUGAAGGGACAGGUCUAUAAGACCAUCAUAAGGCCUGUCCUUACAUACGGCAGAGGCGUGGCCGGUGCUGGAGCGACACCGUCUGUUGUUGCAUGUCACGGAGAUGAACAUGCUGCGGUGGAUGUGUGGCGUCACGCGGAAAGACCAUGUACGGAAUACAUACAUCUGCGGCAGCCUCCAUGUCCGUGA